AUCCAUCACAAAAUAGGCAUUAUGGGAUAAGGGCGGAAUUGUAGCAGCGGUUUCCGGAUUCCCUGGAUUGGCCUGCUGGAAGAAAGAAAACAAGGGAGCUGGAAAAAACUCCAGGUUUUUGUGUUUUUUCACGCGUUUAUAACAGUUGUCAGGCAGGAUCGUCAUGUCGCAGUCUGGAGAAAAAGGAAAGUUUCCUGAUGCUGCAGGAUAUGUGGGAUUUGCCAACCUGCCCAAUCAGGUGCACAGGAAGUCCGUGAAGAAAGGCUUUGAGUUUACACUGAUGGUUGUAGGAGAGUCUGGUCUUGGUAAAUCAACCCUCAUCAACAGCCUCUUCCUGACUGACCUCUACCCAGAGCGCCAUAUACCUGGAGCGGCAGAGAAGAUCGAGCGCACGGUUCAGAUUGAAGCGUCCACUGUGGAAAUCGAGGAGAGGGGAGUGAAGCUCCGCCUGACUGUAGUGGACACGCCUGGAUAUGGAGACGCCAUCAACAGCCAGGACUGCUUUAAGACGAUCAUCCAGUAUAUCGAUAAUCAGUUUGAGCGAUACCUGCACGAUGAGAGCGGACUGAACCGCAGACACAUCGUUGACAACAGAGUACACUGCUGCUUUUACUUCAUCUCUCCGUUUGGACACGGCCUGAAGCCUCUAGAUGUUGAGUUUAUGAAGGCGAUCCACAGCAAAGUCAACAUCGUUCCUGUAAUUGCCAAAGCCGACACGCUCACGCUGAGAGAGAGAGAACGCCUCAAGAGAAGGAUUUUGGAUGAGAUCAGUGAGCAAGGAAUCCGGAUCUACCAGCUUCCCGACGCUGAUUCGGAUGAAGACGAAGAAUUCAAGGAACAGACGCGUGUCCUAAAGGCCAGCAUCCCGUUUGCCGUCAUCGGCUCCAACCAGCUGAUAGAGGUGAAGGGGAAGAAGAUCCGUGGGCGCUUGUACCCGUGGGGGGUGGUGGAGGUGGAAAACCCCGAGCACAAUGAUUUCCUCAAGCUGCGCACUAUGCUGGUAACUCACAUGCAGGACCUGCAGGAGGUCACUCAAGAUCUCCACUAUGAGAACUUCCGUUCUGAGAGACUAAAGCGAGCUGGCAGCAGGGAUGUUGAGGAAGAUGUGAUGGACAAAGACCAGAUCCUCUUGGAGAAGGAUGCUGAGCUGAGACGCAUGCAGCAGAUGAUCGCUCAGAUGCAAGCUCAGAUGAAGAUGAAACCGGGAGACGACUAAGUGUGUGUGUGUUUCUGUGUGUGUGUCUGUUUGUAUGUAUGUUGUGGGAACAGGAAGUGCGAUCUGACUUGGUUGCAUUUAUCCUACCCUUUUCUAAACACUAUUUUCUCUUAUCCCUCAUGUUUAUCAGAUUGAUGGAACAUAAUGUUAAUGAUCCCUAAUUAAUGUAACCAAUCAUUAUAGCAGCUCCGCCCAUAUGAAUAACCUCGACACUGAAACCAACGGUCCAUUAUGAUGUCUUUUAAUCAAGUCUUUGUCCAAUCAGGUUAGAUGCUGUUAAUAAUUUAUAUCAUGAUUUCACUGACAAUGUCCAGC